UAAGAAGAUUGUAGAAAGUUUCACAACAAAGUCCAGUUUUAUUGUAGCUUAAAAUGCAGCGAGAUAAUAGGAGAUCCGAUAGUAAAACCGACAAAAUUCGACCAGCUCGUCCUCUAUCGAUCGCCGCUGACUUUCAAAUACAGCUCCCAAGCAUUCCGCGUAAUAUUUUCGCCAUUACAUUCACCUUUUUCCGUCACAAUCCCUCUUUAAUCGUACUUAUCGCGAAAUCAUGCGCCGCCCGUGGAGAAGAAGUACCUGUGGCGAAAUUUCUAUAACGUCAGAAAGUUUCGCGCGAAAGCCGUUGGCCGCGAUUUCCCACGAAGAAAAACUUGCAGAACGCCGAAGGAAUAUGAAUAUGCAACCCGUGACGACCGAGAGCGCCUAUCGAUUCACCAUCAAACCAGCCGUGACGAUCGGUAAUCCGAUCUUGGAAGCGUUUCCGGAAGAAGCCCAACGACGAAGAUUUCCAACUUUCAUACUGCGGAAUUUCUCGAGAUACUUGACAAAAAUUACCCCGAAAUCGAAAGAUAAUAACUUGUCCUCGCAAUAUAAACUGCAGAACACAGAACUCGAACGAUACCGUAAACCCGACCCGAAGAAUUGUGGCAACAAUGUCAAAAUUUGCCAUUUAAUCGUCAACCAGAUUUUGUCGCAAUUAAACGAUAAAUCCCAAAUUCCUAAACCUCUCGAGUUGUCGGAUAAUCUUCUAAAAUCUUUGGAAAUAUAUAAGCGUACUUUUCCAUUUCAUUUACAAUCUGUUCAUUUACAAUCUGCUGAUUCCGAUCAAAAAAUGACAGGUGAGAGCAAUUCUGAUUGUACUCCAAAAAAGUCUAAUACAUCAAAUGCGAUCGUGAAUGUUUUAUACGGUUCAAAAAAUGAUAAAUAUACCUCGACAAAGGAUGUUUCCAAAUCGAAUAAUUCGAUAAUCAGAAAUACUUUAUCGAAAACGAAAACAGAUUAUCAGAAUAAUCUCGACAUUAAUAAUGCAAAAACAAUGAAUUAUUUAAAAAAUGGUACUUCUGAGGCUAAAAAAGAUAUCUAUAAUGAGAAAAUGAGCAAAAAAAAUAAUCACUUAUUGCCUCCAGAAAAAUCAACCGAUACUCAACGGAAUAAUAAAUGGAUUUGCAAACUUAUUGGUGACAAAUUUACCGCAUGUCGUCAAUAUAAUUCAACCAAAGUUUUAAACAAGCCAAGUAACAUGACAAUCUCUAUAAUAACUGCAGUAUCAAAUAAUGUUGAUACUAAUUUAAAUUUUAAUGCGACAAACGUGAGUGACGGAAAUAAAAUUAUGAAGAAAACAUCAAGCAGAAAAUACGGCCCCGCUUAUCAAGAAUAUUACAACAAAUAUUUAAAAAAUUAUUCCACUUUGUCGUCCACAAUAAAAACAAUAGAAUCUAUCGACAUGCGAGCCUCGACAAUAAAAAGUACCUUGUUAAAAGGUGCUGAUGAAUAUAAAAUAACCGAAGCUUGGAAAACUGAAAAGGAAGAUACAACAACUACUGUGAAGUCUACGUAUUUCAAUACAUCGGUCGAUAAUAUUUACAAGCAAAAAUUACAAAAUUAUAUUAAAACGAGGAACAACAAUAUGAAUAGUAGAGAUAACUUUUUUGGGCACAAGGUAAAAAAAGACGGUAAAGCUGCAUAUUAUUUUAAUAAAUAUCUAAAGCAGCAUCACGUCACCAGAAGAACAAUUUCUGUGGAAGAUAUGGAUGAAAUUGUGGAGUACGUUACGGCAAAUAUACAAUACAAUCAAACAAUGAAAGAAGCGGCUUCAUCUUUAUCAAAAGAAAUGUCUGCAAGACCAAAAGCAAGCAAGAAUGAUUAUUCAUCGAUAAAAACGGAGAAGUUGCUGUACGAAUCGAAUUCACCGAAGGUAGAAAUACGCCGACAUUUUCAAGCAAUCAACGAUAUCGAUAUAGUAUCAAAUCUUUCUUCAAGUAAUAACUCGAUCCAACAAAAUUACGAUCGAGAUAAUGAAAAGCGUAACAUGAGCAAAACGCACGAGCAGUCGGGUGCUCGAACUUUCGAAACAUUUAAUGAAAGUAAUGGAAACUCGACGCGGAACGAGGAUAAGAUCGAUUCCGGAUUGAUAAAUUCCGACGAGACGCCAGAAUCGAUAACCGCAAAUGAUCACACGACAGCGGAAGAGUCGCGAGAAUCCAAGGAGACUCUGGAGGAAAGUUCAAGGGACGAUUUCGAUGUUUUGAUAUUGAACUUAACAACGACAACCAGGGCCCCCGAGAUCGUCACGCGGGAUGCAAAUGAAUCCAGGGAAGUGACAUCUACCGAAAGUCACGGAAAACGCGAGCACAAAAGUCGUCAUAAUGGUCGUAAGAACAACAGACCUAAAAAGAAGAAGAAGAAGAAGAAUCGCAAUGCGAAGCGUAAGGGAGAAUCGACCCUCGCCUGGGAAGUCGACAAGCCAACGAGCGUUGAUUAUGGCAACGCUUCGGAGCAGACGAAGACUACGUUCUCUCAUAAUGAUCCAGGAUACGACAAAGUUGACAAUAAUCGGAAUACGAGCACUGGUAGAAACGACUGGAACUUCACUGAUGAAAUUACAACGGAAUCUAUUAAGGGAGAAUUCUCUAACACUGACGGGUCCGUCUCGGAACACCCCACGGAAAAUAAUAUUCACAAUAGCCUUCAAUCGGAAAAAACGACGGAUGCGGAUCUUGUCACCACAUCUCAGUUAUUAACAACAUCCAAUGGAGAAAGUUCUAAAAAAUGUAAGAUACGAAUUACAACUACCACUGAGAAUAACUGGUUCUUCAGGUGGAUAAGCGAUGAAAAGAUAGAUGAAGAAUCAAACGAGUGUGAAGAAGAUGUUGUUUCAACCACAAGCAAUUCGAUAGACGAAAAAACGAGUUAUUAUAGCACUUCCAUCAGCGAUGAUUCUUCCACGUAUAACAAAGUAUCUACUUUAGAUGGUACUACUUGGAAAUCUUUCAGUAACGAAAACGAUGAUAUAAGCAGUGAAGAAAUGAACACGAGUAAAAAUGAAGAAGAUAACGAUAGGGAAGAUACGAUACGUAAGCCGAUCUUGGAUGAAGAAAGUAAUGAAGAUAAUGAAGCGAUAGAAUAUUUGGAAAGUAUUACACAUUUUAUAAGGGGAGGCGCUACGACCGACGUGAAUUUAAAUCUCGAUAGUGAGGAAGAGGAAGAAGAAUACGCAGGGCAAGAAAAAUUUAUAUCCAGCGAAGACAACGACAUUGAUAACGGCCCGGUAAAUGCGGACGAUUACGAGAACGACCAUUGUAACGAGAAUCAGCAUGCUUGUGAUAAAUACAUGUGCAUCGAAGAAGACCAACUCUGCGACGGCAUCGUAGACUGUUUCAACGCUAAUGACGAAACCGACUGCGAUUAUAUAUACACCAGGAGAUUAGAAGAACAUCUCAGAGUCAACAAAGAGCAAAAUGAACUCAAUUCUUUCUCGAACGAAGACACGUCGCUUGACGGAUGCGACCUUUACGAGCAUCCUUGCGACGGCAAAUGCAUAAACGCACUGAACGUCUGCGAUGGCAAGAGAGACUGCCUGGACGGUACGGACGAGGGGAACUGCACCGAAGGUAUUCUCAAUAUAGAAAAUAAUAUUCUGCAAGAGAAAUCUGUGGGUUUCGCUCUUCGUCUCCGCUGUAAAAAGUUUCUCGCCUUGAACGGAACGAGAACGUCACGUGGAAUCUCAAGCCAGCGUGACGUCAUUUUCGAGACGACCUGUCAUCUUCGCUGUAUAAAAACUGGCUUUAAAGAUAUCAGAUUGGUUAAUACGUGGACAUUCUUGGGAAAUUGCCGAGAUCCUAUCGGAAAAAAGGACUUGAGAAUGUUACUUUUUAACUAAUAGGUACUUUAUUCUCUAUUGUUUAAGCUAUUCUUGUUUGGAACACUGCAGAAGAUUCGCUUCCGCGCUUCUGAAGCGUCACGACGUAUGUUGGGAACGUUAUCUGUUAUAUGUUAUGCAGCUUUGGGGAGCGAACACGUUGAUGAACGUAUAGUGUAUCGCGAAUAAUAGCGAUAACCUUGCGUUUAAUAUAAAAGUGCACGUUUAUAAUGUGUGUCUCUUGCUGUAAAAAUAUGCCUUCAGUGGAGAGAGAGAAGUGGCCGAAGGAAUAACGACUACGUGAAUAAUUUUUAAAAUACGACGUACAAAGAAGUGAUUAUCUUAUCCAUUUUGUUAGAUUUAUUAGAGUCGUUGAAGCUCUUUACACAAUCUAAAAGAGAAUUUGCAAUUGAUUACAAAAAAGCACUAUCGAUGGCAUCAGUUAACAACUUAGUCAUUCUGCAUAAUGCAGGCGUGCAGUCGGCAAUUAAUAUUUUUAGAUAGUCGCGAUUAGAUCGCGAUUAG